GUCCCCAUUUCGCCAGAUGCUCAUAACGGAAUCCGUUAUACAUUGAAAAGUUUAACAGUUUAAACUUUUUUUUUUUUUUUAUAUCACCACUUUCGACUCAGUUGUAACGUUUAAGCUUACUAACAACUCUUCGUGUACACUUUACGAGUCGGACGUACUGUCUCUUUAAGAGGGGCUUGACCACCGACCUCCUGUCUGUCAGACAGUAUUUCCCAAUACAUUACUUCUCUUCUCUUCUGUCUGUGUCUCUGUUCUCUCUGCGCUUACUUUAUUCGUAACUGUUUAUUUAUUGAUUUCUUUACUUCGAAUCUUGAAGAACCUUAAAGAUGGCAGAGACAGGGAAAGGGGUCAACGCCGGGAAACUGGCGAGUAACAUGCAGAAGAGAAUAACGCGAGCACAAGAGAAGGUGAUGCAGAAGUUGGGUAAAGCUGAUGAAACGAAAGACACCGCCUUUGAGGAGGGAGUGGCAAACUUCAACAAGCAACUGGCUGAGGGCACCAAACUGCAGAAAGACUUGAAGGCGUAUUUUGCGGCAGCCAAAACCAUGCACGAGUGUUCAAAGCAUCUGCACGACUGUCUGGCAGACAUGUACGACCCUGAGUGGUUUGGCAAAGAGGAGGUGGACUCCAUCGCAGAGGAGAUGAUAGAAAGAGAAAUGGAUAAUAAUCUGGAGGACACUGACCUCCUGUGGCAGGAUUUUCAUGAGAAGCUUAUGGACAAUGCCCUCAUUUCUAUGGAUACAUACUUGGCUCAGUUUCCCGACAUAAAGACUCGCAUUGCUAAACGUGACAGGAAGCUGGUAGACUUUGACAGUGCCAGGCAUCACUUUGCGUCUAUACAAAAAGGCAAGAAAAAGGACGAGGCCAAAAUUGCCAAGCCAUUGGCUCUGGUGGAGAAGGCUGCUCCUGUUUGGGCUCAGGGAAUAAUCUCAGCCCAUCAAAUCGCUCAAACUAACCUCUCAAGAAACCAGGCUGAGGAAGAGUUGGGAAAAGCUCAAAAGGUAUUUGAGGAGAUUAAUUACGAUCUCCUGGAGGAACUUCCAACUCUGUGGAACAGUCGUGUUGGCUUCUACGUUAACACAUUCCAGAGUGUUGCAGGCCUAGAGGAAAAAUUUCACAGGGAGAUGGGCAAGCUGAACCAGAAUCUGUGUGAUAUUAUGACCAAACUGGAUGAGCAGCGUCUAGGCAAAAAAGGUGUGAAGACAGCCAGCACUGGGAAGAGUGAAGAAGCAGCCAACCACAAUCUUUUAGAGUCUGGGCCUGACAUCCCUAAAUCACCAUCAAAGUCCAGAGAAGGACCGCCAGUCCCACGGCCCCCCAGGCCCGCUUCAUCUCAGGAGGUGAAACAGGACAACAUCAUUAACCUGUUUGAGGAUGCACUGGUGCCUGACAUUAACCUUACAACCCCCUCACAGGGGUUUUCAUGGGAUUCAGGCGAGAUGACCCCCUCCAUCUUGCCCCAGCCUGAGCAAACCGCAGCUGCAGACCCAUCUCAACAGUGGGAAUCAGACGACGAAGCGCCUGCGCAGAAUUAUGGGCAGUCGGAUGAGCCUACAAACUUGGAUGAUGAGGUCACACCUGCUGUGCAGCCGUAUGAACCACCCAGCUGGGAUGAGCAGGAGAGUGCUUCUGCACAGCCUGGCUGGGACUAUGAAACCGCUGAGCCUGCAGAGUCUGAGUCUGCGCAGCCAAACUGGCAAGAUGGUCGUGUGGAGUGCUGGGGCGAGGAUGGGUCCCAGGUAGGGAAAGAGCAGGAUUCAGAUGCAAACUGGGGCAGUGGCACCACCCAGACUUUGGAGGCAUGGUCUGAGCAGCCUCAGUGGGAGGAGCUUCAAAGUAAUGGAGCUGAAACGGUGACAAAUGGCUCAUCAGAAGCAGAGCUCCCUCCCUCUGUACUGUUUAAGGUGAAAGCAAUGCAUGACUAUGAAGCAACGGACAAUGAUGAACUUGGUCUGAAGGCCGAUGACAUUGUGCUUGUUAUUCCCUUUGACAAUCCAGAUGAACAGGAUGAAGGCUGGUUACUGGGUGUAAAAGAGUCACACUGGCUUCAGAAUAAAAACCUCCUAGCUAAAGGGGUCUUCCCUGAAAACUUCACCCAGAGACUGUGAGCAGAACAGCCCUCUCAGAAUCACCCCAUUUUCUCACCAUUCUACUGUGAUAAAAUGUUUUAUAAAACAUCUUCAAAAAUAAGGGCUUCUCACACAAAGCAAACCAGCUCUGUUCUACUUUGGUCCCUUUGGAAGAAUUGCUGCAAAAAUACUUUAUAAAGGUCAUUAGGUCGCAUUUAGAGAACAUCUCAUUUUACACAACAUUUUUAAAGUGAUGUAGAUGCAAAAAAAUAAUUUCCAGGUAGGGAUGCAAAAUUUAUCAUUCUUUAUAUUUUUGGGCCAUUUUGGGGAGUUUGUUUAGUACCAGUGUUGCAUAGAUACUUUGUCAGUAACUGAUUAUGACACAUAUCAGUUAAUGUUCAUCAAUUACCCUUUUGCUUAAAGUCAACAUGAAAUAAAAAUUUACCCUAUAUUUACUUUCAUAAUGCACGUUUGUGGUCUUAUUGUGCUCGAAUCAUCGGUGCACAUUAUUGCAAAAAAAGAAAAUCAUAAUCUUUUAGCAAAAAAGAAACGCACUGCUUUCUUUUCUGUUCCGCUAAUGUCAUAAAUCUCUCUUAACCUUUUCCUUCCUACAACCUUGCUUCAUUCUUGUAUGUAACACUCACUAUCUAAUCAAGUCCUUCAUGUAAUUUUAUAUUGACUUUUAAAACCUAAAAAAAACACCCCUUUUCCUGUUUUUUUCUUUCUUUUUUUUCCUCCUCUUUCAGAAUUUGUCUUUUCACCCUAUCCUCACUUUUAAAAUGAAUGUCAAACACUUUGUUCCCCAGCAUUACGGGCAAUCUUAAAAUGUGAAGGGCUGUUCUCCAACCUGUUUUUUCCGUGACAUUUCACACAUUAAUAAUUUAAUGAUAUUUGUUCUUUAUUUGUUUUGUUAUUGAUGUCUUCAGGUAUAAGACACCAAAGAUUCGAAAAUAAAUUGUAUGCUAUGGGACAAACCACUGUGGGUAGACUGUAAGAGCUACAGUUUGCUUGAAACACUUUUUGCAAUGUACUGUAAAACAAGAGCAUUUCAAUAUUUUGUCAUGGAUGUUUUAUAGAUGUUUUAGAUUGGUGCGUAAAUGUUUUACUCUUAUUUAAAGGAGAAGACCAGACAAAUCGUAUUACCGUAAUCUUCCUAAUAACUGUCAUAUUUUAAAAUAAAACAAUCUGUCAAAAAUAGAUUAACUUUAGCAAAUGAUGGAAUUUUUUGAGAAAAAUAGAAUUGGCCUUUUGAAAAUGUAUUCUGUGAUGCACUUAUGGCAACAAAGUAUUUGGUUAUACUCUCUGUUGAUGUUAUCUGAUUGAAAAUAUGUGGAGGAUCUGCUUUGCCAAACUAGUACAGAAUCUCCCAUUUUGAUAAGAUCUUGUUUUCCACCAAAACUUUUGCUGCUAAUUUGUGAACUAAGUUACUUACAUUGUCAGUUCUGACAUUGUCAGUAUAUACCAUGUAAAUCUGGAAUAUAUAUAUAUCCUCCUCUUUCCUAUACCUGUUUACAUACCAGAGCAAUCUUUUUGUCUUGUUUUACCUCAAAGCUCUGUUUGAAUCAGGUUUGAAUAUUGAAUUGAAAUCAGGCAUUUGAAAGGAACAGUCAGCUGCAGGAUGUGUCUAUUCAUUGUUCUUUCUCACAAAAACAUGUGAAUGUCCUUCAAUUCUCUGAAUGUCUAAAUGAUAAAGGCUCAAAGAUUGGGAAAGGGAAUGAGUUGAAUAGAAGAUUUGUUUUCUGUUAAUGGCCGAUUGUAGACAUAGAUUACGCAUUUUUUUACACUAAGUAAUAUUCAUUAGACAAUCACUGACUAUCCAGAUCUAUCCAACCCUAACUCUUCUGACUAGUAAAAAUACAAUUAUAUUUAAUUUCUCUUUAAGAUCCACCCAUCAAAUUCAUGAAAGAUUAAAGGGCUUUAUUUAUCUCAGAACAUACCAUUUGACAAUCUUUGAAAAUUCAGAUGUACCAUGUAUAAGUGUUUUUUCCAAAUUUAAAAAUUGUGUCCUGGGGUGUUUUAGUAGUUUAGGAUGUAUCUCUGUGAGAAACUGAAACCUGUCUGAGAGACUUUAAGAAGCAUAUUCAAAUUAAAAUCAACCUGAACAUAAAAUCUAGCAUCCUCUUGUUCAUUUCAUGUCAUCUGUGUAGUUCAAAAGGAUCCAUUUAACACAUCUUAAGGGCCCUAAAUCUAAACUCAUUGAUUUCUUAAUAAUUCUAAUGUGAUUUAAAUGAUGGCUCAAAAGGCUUGGUUGAAAGCACAGCACUUUCGGAACAAUCUUAUACCUUGUCCAAGAAAAUGUUAAGCCUAUUGGCUGUAGAAAGUAGAAGACCAAAAUCAAAAGCUACUAAAAGAUUGAACAAACCUCCUAGAUUCCUAUUUGUUUGCAUAUUAAAUGUGCAUUUAUUGUUAUGGUAACUGUGUGGAAACAGAUGAGAAAUGUUUGUUCCUGGGCUCCAUGGCCACCUAGCCUGUUAACAAUAACAUAGUUUAAGGGUACAAUUAUGGCAUAGUAUGUAUUGAGACAAAAGAAGAGGGAGCUGUUACAGCUGUAGGCCUGGCUAUUAGUGACUCCUUUGAGUCCAUAUACAUUUAAUAUUAAGCAUAAACAAAAAGGAAAUCCUUCCUGCGCAUAGAAAGAGAGAAUGGUUAGAGACUAAAUGCAUUAGGAGGGAAAUCGAUAUAGGAGAAAGUAAGAAUUCAAUAAACUAGAUUUUUACAUUUUCUUAAGAAUUGUAAGAGGCACUUAUAUGUGCAAAAGUUGCCGCCACAAUGCCAGGGCUUUGUUGUGCGUUUGCUAGGGUGUUUCUAGACCUGCUGCUAUAGCACCCUUAAGUCUUUAUGAUAUUACGGAUCAUAGAAAUGGCUUGGGUCACUUCUAUGUAUGUAAGUCUCUAGGAUUUAUUAACACUCUUUAUCACCUUUAUCAACAAAACUGAUUGCUUAGUAAAGUAUACAAGUCCUCAACAAGCCACACUAUUUAAGGAAUCAUUUGUGUUUCUAGAACAAACGAUAUAAGAGAAUUUCCAUUCUGAAGUUUAAUACUCCUAACCCUAAUUAUGAGCAAUAAUAAUAAUAACGGGGUUGCCUCUCCCCCAUCCCCGCUGGAAUCUACGCCCUUGAUAUAGUGUACUGUCUGAAAGCUAGGCUAUACUUAGUUUUCUGUGCCCUGUCCAGACGAGUUUGCUGCAUGCACACUGCAAAUGCUUUGUGAUACUUUUUAGUACUAUCAAUGCCAAGGGCAUGUGCAGACGACAUUUACAGACACGGACUAUCCAGUACGCGUGUACCAUGCUGAAAU